AUGAAGGAAACUAUAAAGGAAAUUAAACCUGAUAAUAAUCAUGGACAAACAACGGAUAUGCCUAUGUUAAAUGACGAAGAGAUAGAGAAAAUCCUUCAACCCACUGAGUUAUUCCCUGAUGAAAUAAUUACUCCAAGUAACAAUGACUCUAAUACUCCGUCGAAUAUUGAAACUAUAGACGGAACAAUUAAUAACAAUAACAAUACUAGUACGAAUAUAGAGAAUGAAUCCCUUUAUAAUAAAUCCAUUACGCUACGGAAUGAACCAAUGACAGACUUAGUAAGACAUAAUAAUAGAAUGCUUGGAAUAUAUAAUAAUAAUAAUAAUCAACAACAACAACAACAAUCCGAACAACAACCUCCACGACAAGAAUUACAUUCUAUGAAUAUAAUUAACGGUAGAUUAUCCAAUGAUUUACCACCGACACAUUCUACUGCUAAUCAAAGUAGGAUGGAACAAGCUAUUCAUCAAACAACACGAGCCCCAUCCAUGACGGAGACAAUGUAUGGAAGCAUGACCACUCAACAACAACAUCAACAAUCGUCAAAACCAUCACAACCACAACCACAUAAGACAAGACCUGCAUUUGUGAAUAAAUUAUGGAGUAUGUUGAACGAUGAGACGAAUGAACAUUUGAUACAAUGGUCCUAUGAUGGACAAUCUUUUAUUGUGACACGAAGAGAAGAAUUUGUACAUGAAGUACUUCCGAGAUAUUUUAAACAUUCAAAUUUCGCUAGUUUUGUUAGACAAUUGAAUAUGUAUGGUUGGCAUAAAGUUCAAGAUGUCAAAGCUGGAUCUAUUCAAAACAGUUCAGAUGAUAGGUGGCAAUUUGAAAAUCCAAAUUUCAUUAGAGGCAGAGAAGAUUUGUUAAUUAAUAUCAUGAGACAAAAAGGUAACAGUGCAAAUCAACAUCAUAACAACAACAACAAUAAUGGCAAUGGCAAUUUCAAUUUCAAUGAAGGAAAUGAAUUCAAUAGGUUAAUGACAGGUAUGGAGAACAAUCAUAACAACAACAACAACAACAAUAACAAACCGAUACUACAUCUAAUGAAUGAACCAAGUACGUAUAGUGGGAUGGAUGUUAAAAAGGAUGUCUCUACAGUGUUGAAUGAAUUAGAGACCAUUAAAUAUAACCAAAUUGCAAUAUCUAAGGAUUUGUUACGGAUAAAUAAAGAUAAUGAAUUACUUUGGAAAGAAAAUAUGGUAGCUCGUGAUCGUCAUAGAACACAACAGCAAACUUUAGAAAAAAUAUUUAGAUUUUUAACUUCAAUGGUACCUCAUAUGGAUCAAAAGAUGUUAAUGGAUGGGAUAAUGAAUUUUACAGAUACGAACGGGGGUAGCAACAACAACAAUCCGAACAACAAUGACAACAACAACAGCAACAACAGUAACAAUGAUAAUAAUAGUAAUAAUAAUGUGAACCCAAUAGAUAAAAAUACGACGUUCGACAAUAACGGUACUAAUAAUAGCAAUCGUUUCUCUAAUGGUUAUACAGACUUCAAUGAUGGGGGCAAUUCAAGAUUCCAUGAAGAUGUAUUUGAUGAAGUAAUUGAUAAUACUAAGAAGAAUGCCAAAGAUGGUAACAAUACCAACAAUAACAUUACGAAUAUCGAUUUAAAUGAUCACAAUAGUUACUAUAUGGGGAAUACCAACAGACGUAACCCAGCGUUUGAUUCUCCAUCUACACAAAUCUACAAUGAGUUUAAUACGGCGAACAACAACAAUAAUAAUACUAGUAAUGAAGGUAUACAAGACAAUAAUACCUAUUCAAACUUUCAAACAUAUAAUUCUUAUAAUCCAUAUGAUUAUAUUGCACGUCCUAGUCAAAAGGCUCGAUUAUUAUUGAAAAACAGAUCAAAUUCUAGUUCAUCUACUAAUGUACCUACAAUUUCACCUGAUAAUUUAAAUAGAGAUAGUAAAAUAUCAGAACUUCCAUUAGAUGAUGAUGACGAAGAAGAAGAAGAAGACGAUACUGAACCAGCCACAAACCCCCCCACCAUGUCAGCAAAAGACGACAAUGACGAGGACAACAACAUUAAAAGUGAUGAUCCUGAUAUGGCAUCAACCAAAUUUUUAGGGAAUAUCCAAUCUAAUAUAGAUGAGCAAGAUCUUCGUAUUCAACAUUUAGAAGAUAUGGUUAAAGGGUUAUCUCCAAUUAAAGAUAAACAAGAUAAUGGUAGUGGCUUCAGUUUACAGGAUUAUUUUACUAGUGAUGUAUUACCAGAAACACAUACUACUGCUACUACUGCCAGUAUAUCUCAUCCAACACAAGAAUCACAAGGUGAGGGUUUAACACCAUUAUUUUAUGAUGAUAAUACGUUAUUACAUGUUGGAGAGGCAUCAUUACCGACAGACACGGCACCAACGAACUCUGUUGAUAAUAUAAGAUCAUCAAACCGUAAACGUAAAUCAAUAGACAAUAAUAAUGAUAAUAAAUCUAAUGAUGCCAAAAUUGAAGAAUUAUCGCCUGAACCAAACCUCAAACGUUCUAAAUUCGUAUAA